ACUGAUGGCGUUUCGUGCGGGCACGCACAAAUGAAUCGAACAAUACGAACGCCGCCGCCAAGUACAGCGACAAAAACAACAGCGGCCGUCAGCGGCAAUAGCUGCUGUUGUGAAUAUUAUCGUGAUAGUAGUGCGACCAACGUCAGCGUUGCAGUCGGUCCUCCGCCGUCCGUUUAAUGCGCUCCGUGUCCGCACCGCCGCCACCGACGUCGUCUCAGAUAACGCUCGGCGACGACGGCGACGACCGCUAUCGGCGCCCACUGUACACAGCGUGGUGCACGCUAUCGCGCCGCCCCGUCGGUAUCCGCAUUGGACGCUAGUCGCUGCUGCUGCUCUUGUGGCGUGCUGUCGUGUAACGAAUUCGCUAGCUCGGUGUAGUGUGUCGGUACAGUACAAAAUCUGAUGCGUACGACUUCGCGCGUUUCGCGGCACACGACGUGAGUGUCUCCUGAUCCGCAUUAUCCGCACAAUGGCAACUCGGUCAACGUCGUCGUCGUCACGAUGCCUUGAUUUCUAGUAUGGAAAUCCUCAAGGUGAGUUCCAAACAUAAAGUAAAUAAUUUGAUACAUCAAUAUGGAACCAGUUGUGGAAGAAGUAAGAGACAUUACUGUUCGAAAAGUAACACGAUGGUGUUGUUCAACAAUUAUGGUAUUUGGAGGAGUAGUACCAUACAUUCCACAAUACCGAGAAAUAUACAUCAAACAAGAUGCGGAAGGCUUCUCAAUGUAUGUAUGCCUUGCACUUUUAGUUGCAAACACUUUGCGAAUAUUGUUUUGGUUUGGUAAACGUUAUGAGCUUCCAUUGCUAUUCCAAAGCAUUGUAAUGAAUAUUAUGAUGUUACUUAUGAUACACUUAUGUGUAAAAGUUCGUAACAAAACACAGUUAAUCAGAGGACCAGACAGAUAUUUUACUGAUUUUGAUUGGCAUUACUUUUGGCAAUGGACAGACUUUCAAUCUUAUAUAGAUUUUUUAAUCGCUAUGAGCAUUUGUCUUUCCAUCAUAACAUUCAUAUUUCUGCAUAAUGUUAUAUUCAUCGAAAUUAUUGGAUUUCUUGCUCUCCUAACUGAAGCCAUGUUGGGUGUUCCUCAAUUAGUCAAAAACUUAAGGAAUCGAUCUACAGAAGGAAUGAGUGUUACAAUGGUAUUACUUUGGACAACUGGAGAUGCAUUUAAGACUUGUUACUUUGUAAGUCGAAAAGCACCUCUACAAUUCUGGAUGUGUGGCACACUUCAGGUUAUAAUAGAUCUGACAAUACUUGGUCAAGUAGUCUGGUACCGUAAUGAACCACCUUAUAAAAUUCCUCGAAUAGACUGAUCUGUAAAUUGAUUAUCUCGAUUUAAUAUUUUUUAAAUUUUCCAAGCUAAGAUUGUUAUUAUCAUUUUUAGAUCUUCUAAUCUCAAAUUAGACAUUGAUUGUAGGUUGUUAAUGUUUGUGUAUUUAGUGAAUUUUAUUUAUUUAUUUACUUUUACUAUACCAUCUAGUUGUAAAUUCGUCAAUAUUUUAUUAAACUUUAUAAAAAUGCAUCAACCUUAAUCAAUUGUAUUUGCUAUAGACUGUUAAAAAUAAGAAUAUAUUAUUAAAAAUAUUGUUUGUGUGAUUUAAUUUUCAUUAGAAUUCUACAACCAAUAAUUUUGUGCACAAUUAUAAUUGAAACAAAUAUAUCAUCACUUGUUAUUUUAUAAAUGUUAGGAUAUUUACCUUCAUAAUAAUUAAUUUUAAAUAGACAGAAAUCAGUAUUGUGCUUACACUGAUUAAACUAGAGAUUAGAUCAAUGUAUAUUUUGUUAUAUUUAGGGGCCAUCACUAGGUCAUAUUCUUGACUUAACUACCUUAUGACUAUAAAAUAUUAGUUUGGUUAUUUAAUAGUUGUUGUGAAUAAUUUGUUGAUACUUUAUAUUGUUUCCAUAUUAUUAUUUAUUUCUUUAUAUUUUAUGAUAUAAACUUGUUAAAAAAAAAAAAAAAAACAUAUAACAGAUUUUUUUCAGUUGUACUUCUCCGUCUUUGAAUAAUCUUUUUAAAUAGAAAUAGUAAUACUUUAUACUUGGCAUUUUAUUUAGUCUUC